AUGGAAGAACAUAGAAAAACUAGCACUUGGUUAGAAAAUGAUAAAUUCGAUUGUGUAAUAUUAGGUACUGGUUUAGUUGAAUCACUAGUUGCAGGUGCAUUGGCAAGAGCAGGUAAACAAGUUUUACAUUUUGAUAAAAAAGUAAUUUAUGGUGGUUUUGAUAGUUCAUUCACUUUAGGUCAACUUACAAAAAUUUUACAAGAAUCUAAUAUAAAUAACAUCAUUGAUAAAAAUGAUUUGGUUCCACCAUAUUUUGAAAAUGUAGUAAUAAAUAAACUUGUAAAAACACCAUCACCACAACCAAAUGAGGAAGAAGAAGAUAAAAAAAGUAAACAAGAUAAUAAAGAAAAUGAAACAAUAACAACAACAAAAACCACAACAACAACAACAACCACAACAAACGAAAACAAUAAAGAACAAAAAGAAGAAGAAGAAAAUAUAAAAUCAAUAGAAAAUAAAGAAUCGACAGAAAUAUUACAAGUUAUUGAUGUACCAUUAGUAAGUGAUAAAAGUUUAGAAGAAUUAGGUAGAUUAUUUUCAAUUGAUAUUUCACCAACAUUAUUAUAUGGACGUGGUGCAUUGGUAAAGUUAUUAAUUUCAUCAUCAGCAUCAAGAUAUUUAGAAUUUAAAUCAUUGGAUCAAAAUUAUUUAUUUACAAAUGGAAAAGUACAUGAAAUUCCAUCAACUAAAGGUUCAAUUUUUAAAGAUAGUACAUUCUCUUUGAAAGAGAAACGUUUAAUUAUGAAAUUCAUGGAAUCAAUUAGAGAAUUGAAAAAGGAAGGAUCAGAUUUAGAUGACGCUGAAAAAGAAGCCCAUUUCAAAUUAUCAAUCAUUGAAUUAGGAAAACAAUUCAAAAGUUUCAUUGACUAUAUUAAAAGUUUUAAAUUCACUCAAUUGGUUGAAUCAUUCAUUCUAUAUGGUUUAUCAUUGAUUCAUGAGGAUUUAGAAUCGAUUCCAUUGGAAACUGGUAUUGAGUCUGUAUUCCUCUACACAUCGUCUUUAUUGGUUUAUGGAGUUUCACCAUUUUUAAUACCAUAUUAUGGCGUUGGUGAUAUUCCACAAGCUUUUUGUAGAUUAUGCGCUGUUUUUGGUGGUUCUUAUGUUUUAGGUCGUACUGUCGAUUCAAUUCAAUUCAAUCAAGAAACUGGUAAAGUUAAAUCAAUCAUUUGUUCUGAAGGUCAAACUAUUCAAACAACUCAUUUCAUAACUUCUCCAAAAUAUUUAAAUACAAUUUCAUCAUCACAAAAUAAUUUAAUUUUACCACAAAAAACUAUUAGAAAAACUUAUUCUAGAUUUAUUGGUAUCAUUGAAUCAAAAAUUAUUGGUACUCAAAAUGAUUCAUUCAUUACAAUUCCACCAAAAUCAAUUGGAAAUAAUAAAAAUGUUAUUAACAUUUUACAAUUAUCUUCAAUUUGUGUUCCAUAUAAUAAGAAUAAAGCACUUAUUCAUUUUACAACUUUAGCAGAUUCAACAGCAGAAAAUGAUUUAAAACAAUGUGUCGAACAAAUAUUAAAUAAUAAUACUACUAAAAAAGAUAAUGAUAAAGAUAGUACUUCGCCAACAUUGCUUUGGGGUUCUUAUUUUAAUUAUUCAGUUGAUUUCGUUGAAUCAAUUCAUCAAGAAAAUGAUAAUAAUAUUAUAGUUUGUUCAGAUUCACCAAAUGGUCAAACUGUCGAUUAUGAAUACCAAAUUAAUCAAGCAAAGAAAAUUUUUGAAACAAUUUGUCCUGGUCAAAUUUUCUUGGAAAAAGUUCCAGAUGCUGAUGAUAUUAUUCAUUUCGAAGAGGCUGAAACUACAACUACCACUACUACCACUACAACUGAAACUACAAAUGAAAAUGAAAAAGAAACUGAAACUGAACAAGAAAAAGAACAAGAAAAAGAACAAGAAAAAGAAAAAGAACAAGAAAAAGAACAAGAAAAAGAAAAAGAACAAGAAAAAGAGGUAGAAAAAGAGGUAGAAAAAGAUAUCGAAAAAAAAGAAUAA